GGAGGAAUAGUGCCCCAUCAUUGGUGUCAGUGGGGGGGGAGGAAUAGUGCCCCAUUACUGGUGUCAGUGGGAGGAAUAAUGCCCCAUCACUGGUGUCAGUGGGAGGAAUAAUGCCCCAUCAUUAGUAUCAGUGACACCAAUGAUGGGGCACUAUUCCUCCCACUGACACCAAUGACACCGGGGCAUAAUUCCUGCCACUGACACCAAAGAUGGGGCACUAUUUAUCCAAUGAUGCCAACAAUUUGGUACAAUUUCUCUCACUA